CUAUACUCCGUUCACAUUAAAGUAUGGCGUCCCUCAAGGAGCUGCCCAGCUAUGUGAAACGUUUUCCUGUCUUCACUGUUUUCAUGGUGUACGUGUUCUUUACCACUGGGAUUGUGGUUGCGGCCCUCUGUUUGCUGGUGCAGCCUCUUUGGCUCAUAAAUAAGAGUUUAUACAGGAAAGUUGUAACACAAUUGGUUUUCUUUCUUUUUGGAGAGAUGGUAUGGGUUUGUAUUGAUUGGGCCGAUGUCCAGGUCACACUCUUUGGAGAGGAAAGAAUUUAUGAUCAAGAAAUCCACAAGCAAUUUAAUCUUAUGACCCUCAGCCAUCGUGGGGACUUUGAUUGGUUGAUUGGACUCGUCUUUUGCUAUUAUUCGAAUUUUUUACAGACUAUGAGGACACUACCAAAGAAGUCAGUCAAGUACAUCCCUGGGUUUGGUCAGCUUCUUUGGGCUAUGGAAUGUCCUUUUCUGAGUCGCUCCUACCAAAGAGAUGAAGUGAACAUACAGAAAGGACUCAAAGCAUUCGCUGAGUAUCCUUAUCCCGUACAAGUUACCAUAUUCUGUGAGGGUACAAGAUUCACUGAGGAAAAGUUCAAAGAAAGCGUUGAAUAUGCUAAGAAGAAUGGAAUCCAGCCACUUAAGCAUCACUUACUACCCAGGACCAAAGGAUACGCCAUACUUGUCAACUCCCUCAGACAAUAUCCUAAUUUUAAAGUCACAUAUGAUGCCGGCUUUGCUUAUCCAGCUGGUCAGGAGUAUUUGAAUGGAAAGCAGUUUACACUUCGCGAUAUCCUGGCUGGCAGCACGGUAAAGGUUUUCUUUUAUGUGAGGUCUAUCCCAUUAUCUGAUUUGCCAGAGACAAUGGAUGAUUUACAGAAUUUUUGUCAUCAGCUUUAUGUACACAAGGACAACGCCUAUCAAUACUUUGUCGAGAAUGGGACCUAUCCUAACCCCUCCAAACCCAUGGUCUUCACCAAGAGACAGAUCUGGAUACUGAGAUUGAAUAUCUUGUUGUGGUUAUUCGUGACGUCUGUGUGUCCUUCUCUUUGGCUUUUAAAGAUGAUUUCUGCUAAUGCAGCCUGGCUUGGAUUAGUACUAGCAGUGUGCAUCAUAUCUUUGAUAGCCACUGUUGGUUUGUUUACGUAUGCGAGGACAUCCCAAAAGAAGAAAAGGUCCUGAUUGGUCUUAUGAACACACUUCAAUCCCAACACAUGAUGAUUGAUAGUCUUUAAUAAUGAUCCAACGCACCAUAGAUCCUUCAGUAUUAUGAUUAUAGUAGUGCUUCUAUAUUGAUUCUUUAACAUUAUAGUAACUAUUUCAUCUCAUUGCA